UCUAUUUAUUUUUGUUCGCUUACUCAGUUCCAAGCCAACUCUCGAACGAGCAAAUAGAGAAACACGUAAAUCUGUUAAAUUGAUAGGGACUGAAGGAAUUACGUGUCCCAAAAAUAAACGCUGAUCUGGAGUGUGAUUAAAAGAAGAUUUUUAUAAAUAAAUUGCAUCGGAAAAACACAAGACUGGAGAAAAUCAUGCGAAUAAUUUUUUUAUUAAUAAAUAUCGUAGGUUUUUAUUUGAUUUCGGCAGAGACGCCGGAGGAGAAGGAAGGCGUGAAGUAUGCUGAUCGAUGCGAAGCGUGCAAAAUCCUCGCGAUAGAACUCGAUAAUCGGCUCGCCGAAACUGGCAAGUCUCACGAUGUUCUCGAAAUUGGGUACAAUCGACUCGACGAUAACGCCCCGAAAAAACGCAAAGAAUAUCGUAAGAGCGAGUUGCGUCUCGAAGAAUCUUUGGAAGACCUUUGUGAACGAGUUCUCGAGUAUAAUCUCCAUAAAGAGCGGAAAGACAGCACGAGAUUCGCUAAAGGCAUGUCUCAAACAUUCCAAACACUCCACGGACUCGUCGAUAAAGGCGUAAAAGUCGAAUUGGGCAUCCCGUUGGAGUUAUGGGACAAACCAUCAGCCGAAGUCACACAAUUAAAAACGCAGUGCGAGACGUUGUUGGAGCAGUAUGAAGAGGAAAUCUCAACUUGGUACUUUGAGGAGCAAGGAACGACGCCGCUUAUCAAAUAUUUGUGCGAAGAUGUCGUCCUGAAAGGCAAAGACACGAGUUGCUUGUACGAAGUAUUCAACCCAGAGGAAAAAGAAAAGGAGAAAAAGAAGCCAAAGAAAGAAAAAAAGGAAUUAUGAACAAAAUUCACGAACAAAUAUUGAAACAGUUCCAUUAAAUUUUAAGAAUUUUACAAAUUUUAGGUAAAUUUUUCUAAAUAAAAACAUUCCCGUAAAAAAAUUUUUUGAAUAAAACUCAUUAUGAAACAUCACGCCGCUAUGUGAAUGACCGGAAAUCAUCAAAAAAUAAUUUUUUAU